UAAGCUGGACUGUGAUUGGGCCGCUGUAGUUAUCAUACAGCUUAUUAUUUUUUUUUUAAAUCACUAAUUCACAAACAUAACGUAUUUUCUGAAGUCAAUACUAAACGCCAAAUGCCCAAAUGGUAAUAUUAUUUAGUUAAAGUAGUGUGGUGCACCUUUAAAGUAUUCAUUACGCUAUUAUAUGUUUCAAGAUACAUUUUUAUGUUAAGUUUGCUAGUGAUAAAUCGUUCGAAAUGCAGUUAUUGAUGUCAUUGUUGAUCUUUUAAACUCGGGUCCGGUUUUAAUUAAUUUCGUAGUGACUCCGAAUGAGUAUGAAAAUAAACAAAACGUCAUUAACAUAAUCGUGGAAUUUUCGAUAGGUAAGGAUUUGCACACAAUUAUUAUAAUAUCAGCAUGGUUCCUCUACAACUGGUACAAGAGUAAGGCACAAAUCUUAACAUGGUUCUUAAUCGUAGAAGCUUAGAAAAUUUGAAAAAACUUGUACCUGGUCGGGGACGAAAUGUUACCAAGGAAGAACAGAUGCGAGUAUUUGUUCGUAUCAAACCUUUACCAGAAGAAGAGGAUUCACUUAAGCCUAAAACAAUCAGAAUUAGAAAUGAAAAUGCUUUGAUAUUUGAUCCAAAACAAGAUGAGACACCAUUUUUUUUCCAUGGUGUUAAGCAAAAUCCUCGAGAUAUUUCAAAACGACAACAUAAAUCGAUAAAAUACGAUUUUCAUCGUGUUUUUGGACCUCAAAGUUCUAAUGAAGAUAUUUAUAAUGAAAGCACUAAAGAUUUACUUGACAAACUUCUGUGUGGAUAUCAUUGUUCUGUAUUCGUUUAUGGAGCAACGGGGGCUGGAAAAACAUUUACCAUGCUGGGUAAUGAAAUCAACUAUGGUAUUACAUAUUUAACUAUGAAAGACUUGUAUGAAAAAGUAAAUGAACAACAGAAUUCUAAAAAAUUUGAAAUUUAUGUUUCCUAUCUUGAAGUAUAUAAUGAAAUGGUAUACGACUUGUUAGUAAGUGAUAAAAAACCUUUAUUUUUACGUGAAUGUGGAAAUACAACAUCAGUUGCUGGUAUUACAAUAAAAAUGGUAAACAAUGUUGAUGAACUUAUUGAAAUGCUACGUAAAGGCAAUGACAAUCGUACUCAGCAUCCUACUGAUGCCAAUGCUGAGUCAUCUAGAUCUCAUGCAUUGUUUCAAGUAUACAUACAGAUGACAUUUAAACAUACAGACCAGGUGAAAAUGGCCAAGCUGUCCAUGGUUGAUCUUGCUGGUUCAGAAAGAGCAUCUUCUAAUAAGGGGAUGAGGUUUAAAGAAGGAUCUAACAUUAAUAAGUCACUACUUGCUCUUGGAAAUUGUAUCAACAAUUUGUCAGAUGGUUUGAGACACAUACCUUACAGAGACUCAAAACUAACUAGAUUGUUAAAAGAUUCUCUUGGUGGGAACUGUAAGACAUUAAUGAUAUCAUGUGUGUCACCGGCUUUGUCGUCAUAUGAAGAUACCCACAAUACUUUAAAGUAUGCUUCUCGAGCUAUGAAAAUCAAAUCUAAUUUAAAAGAAAAUGUAAUGUCAAUCAAUCAUCCCCCAUCACAUUACACUAAAUUAAUAUCUGGCUUAGAAGAUGAAAAUCAGCAUUUGAAAAAAAAAUAUGAAGAAGUAUUAAAGUCUAAGGCUCCAAUACCGCCAGAUAAUUUAGACGAUCUUAAAUCAACUUUGGAAUCUUUAUUCACUGGCAAAAUAAAAAAACAUAAUGAAAUUCUUCGUUUAGAGUCAACACAAAAAAAGACUGAAUUGAGAAUAUUUUUAAAGAAAAAUUUAAUUGAACGAUUCUCUUCGUUUAAUGUUCCAAAUAUAGAUGAAAUGACUAGUGAAUUGAAUCGAAUCAACCUGGCUAUUCAACAAUUUAAAGGGCGCAUGGCUAGUUUAAAUGCUCAAUUAAAUAUACUGUGGGAUGAAGCAAUUGCAUCUAACAAUGAAUUAAACUUAUUUAUAAAAAAACUUGAAGAAAAUAAUGUCAAACAAUUUUUAGAUGUUGAUAUUGUUCGUUUUAAUGCUGAGGUCAUCGUAGAAGAGCAAGCUACUCUUCUCGAGCAUAGAAAUGAAAUUGGUAUGAUAUUGGACAGUAACCUCAAUAUAAGUCAUGAACUAAUAACUAAGCUUGCGGAACAAUCUAAUCAAUAUUAUACAUUAUUAGAAGCACAUAAUAAAAAUACAGAAGAUAUGAAAAAAAACCAUAAUAAUAUAACAAAAUCAUUUUUGGGUGGUUUAAAAGCAGUUAGCUGGGAUUUUUCACCAGGAAACCAAUGUAAAAUUAAGAGGGAUGAGUAUUUUAAUUUAAAUGAACUUAGCAUUAAAAAUUUGAGAACCUGUACAAAACCUGAAUGUUCAAGACCUAUUAAAUUAGAGGAGUGCAUGAGUCCUUUGCAAAUUGUUGAAGACAAGUUUGAACAAAUCACACUACAGCCUGAAAUUAAUAAAAUGGACACAUCGCCUGAUUCAAAUGCUGAUGAAACUGUAGUAAUUUCAGCUCAAGCAGAAAGUUUAAAUAAUACUUUUGUAUUGAAACAGAAUUUAGAUUUAGCAUCUGUUAAACGUCUGGCUACUACGACCACACCUCAUCGAAGUAAACCACCAAUUGAUACACGGUGUCUAACUAAAUCAAUUACCAAGCCUACCAUACAAAGAAAAAGGCUGGUACUCAAUAAUCACAAAACUGGACUUAGUAAUAGGAAAGUUAACCAAGAAAACAUGCCACUUAUUAUGGCUGCAACUAGGACACUGGCUGAUCCAAUUCUUGCCAAAGCUGUUACUAAAGCACGAAAUAAUACUAAUAAUAUUUUAACCGCUAAAUCUGUAAACACAAGGAUAACUUCACAAGACACGUGUAAGACAAUUAAUGUUAAAAACCAAAAACCCACAUUGACUAUGAGGCAACGAAAUUGGCUAUAAUAAGUUAAAGAAGUAUUAAGUGUUCAAGGACAUACUCCUACUUUCAUAGUUGUAAUUAGUUGUAAUAUGUUAGGUGUUUUUCAAUCAUUAAAAACUUUUUAUACUUGUGUAAUAUUAGUAAUAUGUUUUAUUUUAAUUGUACUUUUAUUUAGUGAGAAAUAUUUUUUAACUAUAAUAAUAAUCAUGAAGUCCAUAAAUUGGAAUUGUAUUGUAUUAUUAUAUAUUAUUAUUAAUUAUAGAAAUAAAAAUUUUAACCAUAAUUUGCCAUUCUUAAUUGUAUUAUAAAACUAAUAUACUUGUUAAUUAACUUAAAUGUAUAAUUUAUUUUUUUUUAAUCUGAAUACAAAUUAUAUUUUAUUUGAGAUUACUCGAAUUAUUUGGAUAUGAAUCUUUAAAUAAUUUUAUUUACAUAAAUUGAUGCCUUAACAAAUGUUUUAUUAUAAUUCUUUGACCUUACCCAGUGGCCAAGUUGGCCGAUUUUUAGUGGUUAUAAAAUGUAUUCGAUUCUAACAUCCCAAUAACCAUCAUACAUUCUAUUUUACGAUAUAUUGAAAUGGAUAUUAAAAAUGCAUCUGAAUAAUUAAAACAAAAUAUGUAUCUUAAAAAAGAAAACAAUUAAAUUAUAUCAUAAAUAAGAAUAUAGGGUUGCCAAGCUACUAAUUUUAUGCUCCUCAAUUUAAGCACAUAAAUAAUUUAUUGUUAUUAAUUAUUAAAUACUAUUUUUUUAGAUCUAAAGAUAUUUUUUAUGUAUGCGCUGGUAAAUAAUAAAAGCAUUAUUUGUAAUUAUGUUGCAUAUCUUCAGAAAAACUGGAAUUUUUAGUUUUUAGACACUGUUGCGCACAUAUUGGGAACCUUUGAUCUAUAAUAUAUGUUCUGUUUUUGAGAAUCACAUCCUCUUAUUUCAACAAACUUCAAUUGGGACACUAUCUUUUUAUUAUAUCAUAUAAUAUGUAAUAUGUGCGCGAAAGAAAUACCCUGUACAUGAAUCAAAUACAAAAUAAUACAGCUUACAGUUUUAAAUUAAUGAAUUAUUGAAACCAUAGUUUUAACCUAUAAAUAGGGUUUGAAUUUGAAGACAAAAGCUUUUUUAUAUUAAAAAGAUAAUGUACAUAUUUUUUUGUUGACUUUUUUACUUAUAAAUGCCUUUUUGCCUUUUUCACUUAAUAAUGCUUUUAUUGUAUUUAAUUAUAAAUUGAUUUGAUAGUUUUAUAUACAACAUAUGUAUUAAUAGUACAAAUCGAUAAGAUUUGCUGAAGACUGCAUUGGUGUCUGUUAAUUAAUUUUAAUGGGUUUUAUUAUCGGCUAUAUUUAUCGAGUAUUUAGUAAGGUCGGUUAAUUUAAGAAAACGUUGCACCCGCA